AUGGCCUCCACUACCCAGAUUUCCGAAUGCCUUGCUGCGACGCUGAGCCCGAAUGCCAACGAGCGGAUGUCUGCAGAGCUCAAGCUCAUCGAGUAUUUCUCAGAGCCAGGCGCAGCUCAUCGCCUCUCCAAAUGUCGAUAUGCCGCUACGCCAGAUAAGUUGGCCCACUCUGCGAGCAUCGUCUUGAGGAAGUAUGUAAGAGAGAGGUGGUCGCCGUUUUUCCAAGGAUUUAAGGGGUUGCCACCUCCCCCGGAGAUCAAAAGCCGAGUGCGACAAGCUGUAUUCCGAGGCCUUUCAGACCCUAAUCGAAAAAUUCGGUCACUUUGUGCUCACACUCUGACGUCCAUUGCCAACUCCGAUUGGCCUGAUGAAUAUCCCGAGCUCUUGAAUGACCUGAUCAGCCUGCUAUCAUCGGGGUCUCCAGAUUCUGUUCAUGGAGCGAUGCAAGUCUUUACCGAGUUUAUCAAGGCAGAUUUGACGGAGGAUCAAAUACUGCCCGUUUUACGAGACUUGCUGCCCUCCUUGCUCUCCAUCUUGGGUGCCACUGAGCAACAUUUGCCUUUGACGCGCGCUAGGACGAUUUCAGUGUUUCGCCAGUGUACGAUAUCAUUAUUUAUGGUGAAGGAUCAAUAUCCUCAGGCCGUAAAAGAAGCCAUUGCUUCGGUCCUUCCUGUGUGGCUUGAGGCAUUCAAAGUUCUUUUGAACAUGGAUCCUCAGCACGACGCCAAUAGCUCCAACUGGGACGGUCUCGCUAUUCGUAUCCAAAUAUUCAAGACACUCGAAACUAUCCACACGAGUUUUCCUAAAGCUCUGGUGCCGUACUUUGACGAUCUUCUUAACGCCUCUAUCGUUCAUCUUAACCUGCUAUAUCCAACAUUCGAUCGAUACUACCUCGUAUCCAGCGACCCCAUUCCUCCGUCUUCUGAAGAUGACCCGAUACAUCUGUCUCACCUUUGUAGUUCUAUCCUGGAUUUUGUAGCUACCGUUAUACGAGGGGGAAAGGCCAAACAGUGGUUUACACAUGAACACUCAACUGCUUUAAUUGCCGCAGUCUUCAAUUACGCACAAAUGACCGACGAAGAUGAAGACACUUGGGGAUCCAAUGCUAAUACAUUUGUCGCACAAGAGGAUGACGAAACUCAAGACUACAGCGUCCGGGUUGCCGGAUUUGAUCUGCUUGGAGCAAUCAUUGACAGAGCCACUGUUCAAACUAUCUCAACUUUCCACACUGUUAUACAGCAAGUAAUACAAUCGUCGGGGCAGGCACGCAAUGGCGGCAAAGAAGACUGGUGGCGGCCACUAGAGGCUGGUCUAGCUGCUAUUGGGUCACAAUCCGAGUCUAUACAAGACUGUCUUGAAGAUGAAGAAGACUCGGAGCGGCCCAAACCCAUCGACAUCGAGAAUUUACUCCGGGAUGUGAUUCCCUCAAUUCUAGGUCUUUCUGAAUUCCCCUUUUUGCAAGGACGUGGUUUCGUCUUUGCAAGUCAAUAUGCCAAGCUGUUGCCCAUACAGUUGGCCGGUCAAUAUAUCGAUGCGGCUGUACAGGUGAUUGAGUCUAAUGAAGGUAGCAUCCCUGUUAAGAUAUCAGCGGUGAGAGCCGUCCACAACUUCUGUAAUGGCACGGAUGAUGCGGCAUUGACGCCUUUCAUGUCCCGUAUUGCCAAAGAUAUGGGUCCGUUCCUACUGCACACAUCCGAGGACACACUCUCCCUCGUUCUUGAAACUUUAUCUGUCAUUGUCGGCGUAGGUGAAGGUAAAUGGAUCACCCCAGAGUUGGCAGACUCCCUAGUUCUAGCCAUUCUGGAAGUGUGGUCUAAGAAUAACAAAGAUCCUAUCCUUCUGUCGAUCUUUCCUGAUAUUCUGGAGUCAUUAGCGUCAGCUUCUGCGCCUGCCAUUUAUGAAGUGGUCGUAAAGCAAGCGCUGCCUUCGUUAUGUAACUCUAUUUCAUCUGCGUCUAUUGACGAGUCGUGGAUCACCAGUUCGGCCAUUGACCUUGUCAACAGUCUCAUCAAUGGUUCGAAAAAUGGACUCGGAGAUGGCUUCUUCGCUCUUCUUGCUCCUCACCUAUUCAAAUGCCUUGGCGAGGCGGAUGACCAGGAUGUGUUACAAAAUGGAAUCAUUUGCCUGACGCUCAUUGUCCGGAAAGACUGUAAACAAUUAUUGUCAUGGUCCGACAAUAAUGGGCGCUCGGGGUUAGAUUAUGUAUUAACGCUUGUUGCCAAAGUGCUACAGGGCGAGGAUGAAUCUGCCGGCCUGACCAUUGGUGAUCUGAUUAUUCAUUUGCUCCGGAGAGCAGGCGAUGCUGUCCUUCCGGUGCUACCUGACCUCCUCCAGGCUAUGGUGAACCGUAUGGAUACAGCCAAAACGGCGUCAUUUAUCCAGAGUCUCGUCAUCCCGUUCGCGUUCCUGAUAACACAUCAGCGGGAUACGGUACUGUCUUUGCUUGAAUCGACAAACGCCCAAGGCCGGCCGGGUUUGGAGGUCCUGAUUCAUACAUGGUGCGAAAAUGCGGAAACGUUUCAAGGUUUCUGGCCCUCACGGAUCAGCACCAUGGCUCUCUCGCAACUUUUCGUCUGUGAAAGGCCGACGCUUCAGAACCUCAUGGUAAAGGGCGACCUUAUCGUCAAGCCGGAGACGAGAAAUGUCAUCAUGACACGGUCACGUACAAGGACGACGCCCACGGAGUUCACGUCCAUCGCCUUCCCCGUCAAAGCGCUCAAAAUCAUGAUUCACGAUCUCCAAUCUAGCAGUGAAUCAGCUACAUUUGGGACCUCUGGCAGCAAUCUACCAGAUGCCGACGAUGACGAUGGUGACGAGGACUGGAGUGAUCAAGGGGAUGGCAGCAAAAGGGACGCCGAGCUGCAAUAUCUGUCAGAUCUCAUCGGACCCAAGGGAUUGGCAUUCGACAAUGAUGAUAUAUUCGAGGAUAAUGACGAUGAAGAUCUGAAGACUGAUCCUAUAUCACAGAUGGAUAUGCAGGAACAUCUCACUACUUUCCUGCGCGAAUGCGCUUCGAGGAACACGUCCAAUUUUUCUGCGCUGGUAGAACAAUUAACUGCGGAGGAGAUGGCGGUAGUCCAGGUGGUGGUUUCUCAGCAAUAG